AGGCAUCGAGCCGUGCCACUGGCUCUCAAAGGGUUAAUGGUGCUGUCUGCAAACGACCUUGGCUCCCCUGGGAGCUUGGAGAUCCCCGCUCUCAUUUUAAGUAACCCUAACGCGAUGAGCAAGGGCAAGGAGCGAGUCAGAAGGAACCAGACUGCGCGCAGAAUUGAUGAUCCAAAGCGCAGGCCUUCAGUUCAAACUCAACCCUCUCUCGCCUACCACUCACCAUGUACUGCAACUGCUUCUCAGAAGGCAUCCUGGCUGCCCCUGUCAACCACUGGGUCUCAGGUCUGGCCUUCCCCGAUUGGGCCUACAAAGCUGAGUCGUCUCCGGGCUCCCGGCAGAUCCAGCUGUGGCACUUCAUCCUGGAACUGCUGCAGAAGGAAGAGUUCCGCCAUGUCAUCGCCUGGCAGCAGGGAGAGUACGGGGAGUUUGUCAUCAAGGAUCCAGAUGAAGUGGCUCGCCUCUGGGGCCGCAGGAAGUGCAAACCACAGAUGAACUAUGACAAGCUGAGCCGGGCCCUCAGGUAUUACUACAACAAGAGGAUCCUGCACAAGACCAAAGGCAAGAAGUUUACCUACAAGUUCAACUUCAGCAAGCUCAUGGUAGCCAACUGCCCUCCGUGGAAAGUGUGGGCACCCCCCAGCCCUCGCCUGCUGCUGAGGUCCCCUGCCCUGUGUCAGCCCUUGGUGCCUAUGGCUAAGCAGAGUGAGCCCCUGUAUAGCAUGCUGUGCACACGGGCCACAGAAACUCAGCCAGCUGGAGAGAGGACCCCACAGAGACCACCAAAGGCCUCUGGGGACAAGGAGAGCAGCAGCUUCAACUGUUUUGGCUCUGUCCUGGGCCCAGGCUGGCAGAGGCCUUGCUGCUGUCUCCGGAACCUCCAAGGUGGCCUGCCCAGCCCUGCUCCCCUUGCUUCUGUGCCCUGCCUCUGCUGUAACUGGACCCACCUCUUGGGGCCCAUCUUGCCUCCUCUUCCCUCAGAGCAGUCACUUUCGGGGUCCUCAAAGCCUGGUCCUCGGCUCUCAGGCCCCAUGUGUAUGCCAGGUACCUGGCAUUUUCCAGGGCUCCACCUUCUGGCCAGGCUGAGACAGAACACUGGCCAGGGGCUUUGGUGCCAGUUUCUCAGGCCCGAGGAAUUGGUGGUAAAUCCUGGCCCAGGGCCAAGCAGGCAUCUGGAUUCCAAUGAGGGACUCUCCUCAGGGACUCAGGGACUCAAACUUGGGAAAGGAAUCUCCAUGUCCCCCAAUCCAGAGAACAUGAGAGUCAUGUGGCCUUCUGAUCCUCCUUAAUUGGAGAGAAAGAAGUGAAGGGGUGGCUCUUCCCCCUGUCUCCUGUUCCCCCACUGGAGGCUCUGAAGGGUGAAGUUGAACCAAGGGCAAAUGUGGGCAUGGGGAAAUGGAGAUGGCACCCCUCCCCUAUACCAAAUUGCUAUCUGACUAAGGAGACAUUAUUAAUUAACUUUUUUUGGAGAGAAAUGAGAUUAGGAGUUUCUAUCAUUAAAACUGCCCCCUGCCUACUCACAGGAGGGGAUGAAGGGGCUGGGCUGGGGCAGACCAGCGUUUGUUUGGCUUAAGUCUUAGGAUCUCUUUCUUCCUCUGGGUUCACUUCCCCAUCCUGGCUAAGGUUUCCCAGGACCUCUCACAGCCCUUCCCAUACUUCUCUGCCCUCCCCUUGACUGCACAGCCACUAGGAACCUCUGUUCCAGGGAGGGUCUUGCUUCUAUGAAGGAAGGUUCUGUGCUUCUAUCUCCAUGACCCCAAGAUGCAGGCAGGGGCACAGAGAGGGAGGGGUGGUUCUCUCAUCUCUGUAACACUCCACUGCCAACUGUGAAU